AUGUUAGUGAAGAAGCUAUUCACUCUGGUGUUCAUAAACAAAGAAGAUCAAAUAUUAUUGGGUCUAAAGAAGCGAGGUUUCGGUGUAAAGAAAUGGAAUGGUUUCGGCGGGAAAGUGGAGCCUAACGAAACUAUAUUGGAAGCAGCAGCAAGAGAAUUAAAUGAGGAAUGUUGCGUGAGCGUUAGACCCAGUGACUUGAAGAAUAUCGCACAUCUAGAGUUCACUUUUGAAGGGCAGCCUAUGUUAAUGGAUGUGCGAGUAUUUUCCACGAAUGUGUUUGAAGGAAAUCCUAAGGAAACUGAAGAAAUGGUACCCAAAUGGUUCAAAAAUACCGAAGUUCCCUUCGACGACAUGUGGCCUGACGACAGAAUAUGGUUCCCAUACAUGCUGCAGGGCAAGAAGUUCUUUGGUAAAUUCCACUAUGAGGGCUUCGAUAAAAUUCUCAAUUAUAAAAUCGAGGAAAUAAAUUGCAUGAAGACGUUUUAUGCUGGUAGAAAAUCAACAUAA